AAUACAUUUACCGAGAAUAAUUUUGAAGCGGAUAAAAACACGAACGCGAAGCCGUUUUGUGGUCUCAAGACUUCUUCGAAACCAACUCUAUUUUAUUCUUUUAUCUAAGGGCCAUUUUACUGUUUUUUUUAACCACGUUUGUGUUUAUUAUUUCUUGGCAUAAAAACCAGUUCGUUUUUCGUUCUCCGCUUUGGUAGAAAACAUAACGUGAUGAUCCAGUAAAAUCUUCGUCAAGUUUUCAGCUCCUUCAAACCUCUCAAUUUGCUUUGUACUCGACUACAUUAACAGCUACCUCAAGCCUGGAAACCAAAAUCCUCAAGAGUUUGACUCUUUUCCUUCAACUGAUCGUCUGUGAAGUAUUUCAGACAUUUGACAUACAUAAGACGAAACGUGCAGAGAAAACUCGUGUAUUCUGUGAAACUGGAACUCUUUCGAUGCUUGGCCAGUAAUGAUGAUAAUAAGAUUACUUUCUGUACAUUGGAUCAUCGCACUGGAAGAGUAAUUCGAUAUUAAAGCUAAGCGAUGGAAAGAUAUAAAGAUGGUGAAAAUACAGCGCGGAGGGAGACCUAUAUUGGAUCAAAACAAGCGAUUCAAAUGGCGAAUGGCAAGCAAAAUGAUAACUCUUCGCGGUCAUCCAAGGGUACUAACAGAAGAGAGAACAUAUGUACCAGGUUUUUGGGCUUUUUGCGCUACGACCAGGACUAUUCUUUAUAUUGCCUGUCAGAGAACAACCCCGUUCGUCGAUUGUCUAAAUACAUAGUGGUCUCAAGAGGCUUCGAGUAUUUCAUAUUACUAAAUAUUGUGGCUAACUGUGUCGUGCUUGCUCUAAAUAAACCUCUCCCAGAGAAUGACAAGAUUGAAAUGUCCRAGUCAUUGGAAAAAGCCGAACAAUAUUUCCUUGCUAUUUUCUGCAUCGAAGCUUCGCUGAAAAUCAUCGCUUUAGGAUUUGUCUUACAUCCAGGGUCUUAUCUAAGAAAUGGCUGGAAUGUCUUGGAUUUUAUAGUCGUUAUUAUUGGCGUUGUAAGUCUGCCAAGUUUUAAACUAGAUACGAAAGUAGAUGUGAAAUCAUUACGUGCUGUGCGUGUGUUGAGACCAUUAAAGUUAAUAUCUGGCAUACCUAGUUUACAAGUAGUUAUGAAGUCAAUUGGAAGAGCGAUGGUGCCGCUUCUUCAGAUCGCUUUACUAGUUCUCUUCGUUAUUGUUAUUUAUGCUAUAAUUGGUUUAGAAUUUCUCAUGAAUAGUUUUCAUGAUACGUGUUAUAAUCCCGUUACAAAACAAUUAGAAGACAAUCCAAGACCCUGUGACAAGAAGCCAUACAACGGCAUACGAGAGUACAUCCACGGGCGAGAGUGCCCCAUUGAAAUGGAAUGUGGAGGAAACUGGACAGGACCAGAUAAUGGGAUUACUACUUUUGAUAAUAUCGCUCUUAGUAUGAUAACAGUGUUCCAAUGUAUCACGAUGGAAGGCUGGACAGAUGUUAUGUAUAAGACAUUCGAGGCCAUAGAUCAACAUGGCUUCUUGUAUUCUAUAUAUUUUGUAUCUCUUAUUGUAAUCGGCUCGUUUUUUAUGUUAAAUCUUGUACUAGGAGUUCUUAGUGGAGAAUUUGCAAAGGAAAGAGAAAGAGUCGAGACGAGAAGAGCGUUCUUCAAAGUUCGACGUCAACAGAAACUAGAAAGAGAAGUUGCUGGUUAUAUCGAGUGGAUAACAAAAGCUGAAGAAGCACUAAGUAAGGAACAUGCUCGUAAAGAUGGCAGUCGAUCCAUAUCAGAUACCACAGAAUCACAAGCUCAUGUCAUAUGUAAUGACCUUGUAAUCAAUCCAAUGGCGGUGCUAACUAAACAAAAUGGCAACGGUUACCGUCUCAAUGUGCCCGAAAAGAAAAGUUGUCUAGAUACGCUUGCAAUACAAGAAGUAAGGUUUCGUUUCUUCAUCCGUAAGACUGUCAAGUCUCAAUGGUUCUACUGGGCUGUACUCAUCUGUGUCUUUCUUAACACUGUUUCCUUGGCAACAGAGCAUUAUGGUCAACCGCAAUGGCUUGAUCAUUUUCAAGAAUGGGCUGAAGCAGUCUUCUUAGUAAUUUUUACAUUAGAAAUGGUUUUAAAGAUGUACUCACUUGGAAUACGAAUCUAUUUUAGUUCAAGUUUUAACAUUUUUGAUUGCGUAGUAGUGUGUUCUGGUAUAAUCGAAGCUAUACUAGCAGGACUUUUACCUUUUCACUUAAAUCUCGGUAUAAGCGUUCUCCGGUGUAUAAGACUGUUACGAGUGUUCAAAGUCACGAGGCAUUGGACGUCAUUGCGUAACCUAGCAACAUCACUGGUCAGCAGUAUCAAGUCAAUCAUGAGUCUGAUAUUUCUUCUCUUCUUGUUCAUCUUGAUCGCUGCUUUACUUGGAAUGCAGUUCUUUGGAGGAAGGUUUCGAUUUACGAAGACUCCGAGAACCAAUUUCGACAACUUUCCGAACGCUAUGCUGACAGUGUUCCAGAUCUUGACCGGAGAGGACUGGAACGCAGUCAUGAAUAACGGCAUCAUCGCGUAUGGUGGACCUCACAGUGUCCAAGGGGUUGCAGUCAGCUUGUACUUCGUCCUGUUAGUUAUUGUUGGCAAUUACACUCUUCUCAACGUUUUCUUGGCUAUUGCUGUUGACAACUUGGCGAACGCCCAAAUCCUGACAGAAGAUGAAGAAAACGAGAAGAAAGAAAGAGAAAGAAAGAAAUCUGAAGCCCGGGAGAAAUUUUCUAUCAGGCCUGAUAAUAAUAAAGAAAUGAGACAAAGCCACUGGAAGAAGACAAAGUCUAUUCCUAUGUUGAUGGCGUUCAAGAAACUUGGACGCAAUAAAGAGACUGAAGAAGACUUGUCGGAGACUGAAUUCGGAGCAAGAGCAAGAGAUAGACGAUGGUCUCAGAACUUAGGGAAGAAUAUAGCAGCGUUUCGUCGCGAGGAUAGCUUAUACACUAACAAGACCAACGGUCAACUCAAGGAAGGGGAUGGAAGUGCUUCAGAUGAUAGCCAAAGACCAGGAAAAAUUAAAAGAAAAACAAGAGAGAGAGGACGACGAAUGGCAAGAUCGAGAGCUACRUCUGACGCUGAAACAGAAAAAAAGGAUGGUGGCAAUGAAGAAGAUGAAGAUGAACCCGUCACUGCGAAGAAUUUCAUGAAUGUGUUGAGGACCGGUCGCCUUGGAAACCGAAGAAGAAGAGGACGCAAAGACGUGCCAAUCAUUCGAACGAAGGCAUUGUUUGUAUUUGGCCCAGAUAACGGGUUACGUAAGUUGUGCCACCGUAUCGUCAAUCUGUCUCACUUCGAUACUGCCAUGCUCGUUGUCAUCGUCUUCAGCAGUUUAGUCAUUGCAAUCGAGGAUCCUGUUCAUGAUAAAGACCCAAGAAACCAGGUUCUCUGGUACUUCGACUGUGUUUUUACAGCUAUUUUUGCAUUCGAAGUCGUCGUCAAGGUCAUCGACAUGGGUCUUAUUCUACACAAAGGUGCAUAUCUACGCAGCAUAUGGAAUAUUAUUGAUGGUGUGGUAGUGAUGUGUAACAUAGCGUCUCUUGUUUUUGCGAAAGUCGAAAAUAAUGAUCGAGAUGGCAGGACGGCUAUUCGAGCCUUACGUGUCAUGCGUGUGUUGAGACCGUUUAAAAGUGUUCACAAGAUCAAGAAACUACAGGCUGUUUUUCGAUGCAUGUGGUUCUCCGUCAAGAACGUAGCCAACAUCCUCAUGAUCACCAUGCUGUUCUUGUUUAUUUUCGCUGUCAUGGGUGUACAGUUAUUCAAUGGGAAGUUCUUCUACUGCACCGAUGAAGCUAAGCUGACCAAAAACGAGUGCAAAGGCAAUUUUUUUCAAUAUAUCUAUGACGACGAGGGGAAACAGAAGAUGGAUCCAGUGGUCAAUCCAAGAGAAUGGAAAAAACGGACACUAAACUUUGAUACCGUCUACGACGCCAUGUUAACGCUCUACACUUCAUCGACGGGGGAAGGUUGGCCAACAGCAAUGCAUCGUACGAUGGAUACCACAGAGAAAGACAAAGGUCCAGUGCAGGACUACAACACCGCAUAUGCCAUUUACUAUGUCAGCUUCGUAGUCGUGUUUUCGUUUUUCUUUCUGAAUAUUUUCGUUGCUCUCAUCAUUUUAACUUUUCAAGACCUCGGAGAGAAGGAGAUAUCGAACUGUGAGCUGGAUAGGAAUCAGAGAGACUGCAUUCAUUUUGCACUGACGGCCAAACCUGGUCAGAUGUACAUGCCACGUAAUAGAAAAUCUUUCCAAUACAAAGUCUGGCAGUUAGUGACGUCAAAACCGUUCGAUAUCUUCAUCAUGGUGCUCAUUUCAUUAAAUACUAUUGUCUUAAUGAUGCAGUAUCACGACCAGCCAGCUGAGUAUAAACUAGCAUGCUCAUGGAUGAAUAUCGCUUUCACUGCCCUCUUCACUCUUGAAGCAGUUCUAAAGCUCAUCGCACUUAGACUGAAUUAUUUCCGUGAUUAUUGGAACAUGUUCGACUUUGUUAUCGUGUUAGGAGGACUUAUGGACAUUGCUGUUACACAAAUAGCUAACCAACUAGGUAAGGACGAAGACUACAUCCCUAUCGAUCCCAGUAUGUUCAGGUUGUUUCGAGCAGCCCGUCUCAUUAAGCUCCUUCGACAAGGUUAUACCAUACGCAUCCUACUGUGGACGUUCUUCCGCUCGUUUAAGGCUCUUCCAUACGUUACUCUUCUCAUCAUGUUGAUGUUCUUUAUGUACGCUGUGAUUGGUAUGCAGCUUUUUGGCAAGAUUGCACUGGAUGAUGACACCGAGCUCAAUGGAUACAACAAUUUCAGAAAUAUAUUGCAAGCCUUGCAGGUUCUAUUCAGGUCAGCUACUGGUGAGAACUGGCAUCUCGUCAUGAUUGCAUCUUUCUCGUCUGCCAAGUGUGACCCAAGCAUCGCUGCCAAUGACAAUGACAAAUGUGGUUCGACGCUUCUAGCUGUCGUGUAUUUCUGCUCAUUUAUAUUUCUUUGUAUGUUCUUGAUGUUGAAUUUAUUCGUGGCUGUAAUCAUGGACAACUUUGAGUACCUGACGAGAGACGAGUCGAUCCUAGGCCCCCAUCACUUGGACGAGUUCGCCCGCGUGUGGUCUGAGUACGACCCUGGUGCAACUGGCUAUAUACAUCAUAAAGUGGUAUACAAGAUGAUGUGUAGCAUGUCACCUCCUGUUGGCUUCGGUAAAAAAUGCCCAAGAAUAGUUGGCUAUAAGAGGCUGAUCAAGAUGAACAUGCCGGUGAGUGAGAAUGGAGAUGUAACAUUCCAAACGACGCUCUUUGCAUUGAUUCGAACGUCUCUCAACAUCAAGCUACGAGGGAAUAUGAAUGCUAACGAUACCGAGCUCAGGAAAAUCAUGAAAAGACUCUGGCCGAACUCCACGUCUAAUAAAGUAUUAGAUAAACUAAUUCCUAAACACUCUGUUCUAAGCAGUCAACAAAUGACCAUCGGCAAGAUCUACUGCGCCAAGCUGAUCCACGAGAACUACAAAUACAGUCGCAGACGAGAAGAAGAUGGAGAAAAACCCAAAUCGGGUUUCCUACGAAUAGUCGGUUCACUGCGUGGUCAUGGUUACACGACUGAUCACCUACCAACAGAUGGACAUCAUCACAACCGUAACUAUCUGACUGCCGCGCCAAGACCACGAAGCAGGACUUUGGACUCUAAAGUCAAUUCAGAUCUAGAACCAAGAACUACGCAUACGUCAUCACAUGCCGAUGGUAGUAACUUGAACUCUGUGGCACGGUCACGGAGCUGGAGCUCGAAACCUAAUGGUGAUAUAGAGAUGAUGGAACUGAAGCCCUCGUCAGCUAAAUCUACUCCAUGGAAUGGAAAAGCCAGGACUUCAGAUGAGGAAUCUAAACAACCAGCUUUACCGCUAUCUUACUUAGCAGCGUCUGCGACACCACGAGGGAGAUCGAACCGUAAUAAUAGUUAUAGUAUAGCAGUAGAUUUAGAACCACGUGAGAAUGACGAAAACGACGAUGAGACACGUGCAAUCAAUAGCCAAUCAGCUGGCGCAGAAUCAAAAAGAACAUCACGUGAUUCGAAAUAUUAUGACGAAAUGAUUUCACGAAUCAACGAACAGCUGACUACCGCUGUCAAGAGCGGGCAAAGUCCGUAUGCCAUAUACGGUAUGGAAGAAGAUGACGAGAAUGAAUGGUGUUAAAGAAUUUUUAUGUGGAUUUUUCAACAACAAUUCUCGUGUUGACCCACCUCGGGUCUGACGACAAUUUCUGGCUGCAAGUACCGCUGACCGCAAGCACUGAAAUAUGGAUGGGGUUUGGAAGCUAGAGAAUUAAAGUACGGCGAAGCAAUAUUGGGUUGGAGAAAUGAAUAAUGAAAAAAUGAAUCGCUUCGAGGAAGGACUCGAAAAAAAAACAAAGACAUAUGCUGCGCGUAUGGAACGUAUCUAACCAGGAUUAACUUGAACCGUAUUUUCAGAAACAUCCAUCCCUUGAUGCUUUUAAAGAGCUUUGCAAAUCAUCAUUAUUUAACAAUGAGCAAACAGUCAUUUAGUCCAGAGAAGUGAAUUCAAGUUUCUCGACUUAAUUUAAGAAAUUUCUAUUAUCCUGGAGCGUAAUUCGUUGGAAAACGAAGUAAAGGAAGUUAAUAUAUUGAAAUUCAUCCAGCUAUUGGAUGCUUUUGAAAAACUCUAUUUGGAGAAAGCUUAUCUUGUGAAUACUGAAUACUGCUUCGUGAUGCAUUAUAAAGUCAUUUGACUACCACUACCAAAAUGCUUCGCGAAUUGUCUUUCUUUGUUCAAAUUUUCUGUCAGUAUACAUAGUAAGACAAUUGGGUGCUAAUUGAAUAAACAAAAGAAAGUGUGCAAAGGAUUCUGGUAGUUGUAGUUAAUGACGCCAACAUGAAAACGACCUAUUGCAGCUCGAGUCAUCGUGCCAAAACUAGGCUAAACCUACAUGUUUUACCUUUCGUAACCGUAAAAAAAAAAUUCUUGCUUUUUUCCUUCAACAUGGCGAUAAACUAUGCAUUAUACAGUACCUAUCAAUAAGAUAAUCUUUUUUUAAAUAGUUAUAAAACUGUAAAAAACAAAAACAAAAUUGGAAAAUAAUCCACUCGCAAAUGUGUCAGGAAAAGUGUGUAACAUGCGUUUAUACCGAAAUAUUCGCAUCUUCUUUUGGUAUUGACUUAAUAUUGACAGUUUUUUCAUUGGAUGAAGGACUCCUUAAGAACACCAUAUAUGGUAGCACUCCUAAUGGCAGCAACUGCUUAUUUGGUAGUCAUUCCUAAUAUGGCUGGUACUCCUUAUAUAGUAGUCACUCCUUAUUUGGCAGUGGCUCUCUUCUCUUUGUCUCCUGUCUGUCUGUCUGUUCAUCAUUCUGUUUUUCCAUCUGUCUGUCUGUCUUUCCUGAUUUGUCUCUGUCUGUCUGUCUGUCCUUCGUUCAAUGAGGUCUGACACUCUCUCCCCAGCUAGCGACACUCCAUAUAAUCUAUUCUCCGACAGUAACCUCCACUGAUAUGCAUUCAUUGAUUGAUAUCAACAUUAAUUUUAAAAGAAAUAUAACUAUAAUUAGUUUAUUUUAUAUCCAGUACRAAUAAGAGAAUUUAAAGGUAAAGACGACAAUCGCUCAAGAGUUUAUUAAUUAUAUUGGUUACUGGCGGCGGUUUUUAUAUACAUUGCUUUAUAGGAAAUAAAGAUUAUUAAAACCAAUAA